GCAAACCGAGUUGGGUCGUAGUUAGUAUGGCGGAACCCGGCUCUCCUUCAAUCAGACAACCGUGUGCUAUAAGAGUGUCCUCCGGUUCCGCGACGACCUCCACACUGGACUCGUCUCCUGCACACACAGCUGAAUCACAAACCUCCGCACGAUGUCCGCCAGCCUUGCGAACCCUGAUUCUUCACCGUUGACGCAUUGGUCGCCAUACGUGAAGGCGCUUUAUGCGCGGCGUGGCGAGCCACCGCUGGGCGCCGUCGGGACUGUCUACACGGACAAGCUGGAGGAGGCUGCACGUGAAAAGCUCCAGAGCCGCGAUCGCCUCGACGCGUUCUUGUAUGUGUAUGGCAGUGCGGGGACGUGCUCCUCGCAUGAGGACAACAUCAACGAGUUCAGGAAAUGGAAGAUCAUCCCGCGGAUGAUGACCGAUGCCUCGAAUCGUAACCUGGAGACGACUCUGUUUGGAGUGAAAUACCCUUCGCCAGUGCUUCUCGCGCCCAUUGGCGUCCAGGGCAUCGUACAUCCCGACGGGGAGGUUGCAAGCUCCGCUGCUGCAGGGGAAGUCGGCGUCCCAUACAUCAUGAGUACUGCGUCGACGCGGUCCAUCGAGGCUGUCGCCCAGGCGAACGGACCCAAUGGCCAUCGGUGGUACCAGCUCUACUGGCCGCGGCAUGACGACGUGACCAUCUCCCUUCUGAGUCGCAUAAAGGCCUCAGGCUUUAACGCCCUUGUCAUAACGCUCGACACCAUGCUCCUCGGCUGGCGCCCGCACGAUAUCGAAACAGCGUACCUGCCGUUCCUCCAGGGCGUAGGUUGCCACAUCGGGUUCACCGACCCGGUAUUCAUGACACGCCACGGCGAGGAACCCUUGCCACUGGACAGCCACCCCGAGUUCCCGUACGACCCGGCUAAGAUCGACGAACGCAUACUGAACGGCGACGAGAAGACCAGGAGGACAGCUGAGCUGGGCAACGCGUGGAUCACGGAGGUCACGUCGGGCUGGUUCAGAACAUGGCAGCAUUUGCCAUUCAUCAAGCAACACUGGGACGGCCCUGUUGUCCUAAAGGGGAUUAUGUGUGCGGAGGAUGCUGAGCUUGCCAUUGACCAUGGUGUUGACGGCAUCGUCGUGUCCAACCACGGUGGUCGCCAGGUAGAUGGGUCUAUUUCGACCCUCUACGCUCUGCACCAGAUUAUGCAGAGCCCCAAAGUCCGCGCAGCGCAGGCAGCCGGUAAAUUCACCGUCCUGAUGGACUCGGGCAUUCGUACCGGCGUCGACGUGAUCAAGGCGAUCGCCCUCGGUGCCGACGCAGUCCUCUACGGCCGCCCGUUCAUGUACGCCUUGACUCUCGGCGGUCAGAAGGGCGUCAAGCACCAAAUCGAGGCACUUCUCGCGGACACCGAGACGUCGCUAGGUCUCAGCGGGUACUCGACGCUGAGCGAGAUCCGAGGGAAGUGGGAGAAGGUCUUGGUGAAGGACUGAACAACGAGAAGCCGUAUCUCAAGGGGGAUAACCAACGCCGGGGCGCGCUGAAGUCUGUACGAUCUAGGACUGUAUUUCAUAGACGGGAUAACAUAUUGAGAACUCACCGGUCGGAAGA